AGAAGAUAAUUUUGCCAAUACAAAAACAAAGUCACUUAAAAAUAUUUAGCUAGUGCUGAAGUUUCUUACUGUGUUCAGGAACAUAGAUAUAUCUUACAAUAACUUUUCAGAGAUAUCUGAACCAUCAAGUUGUCAAGAUCAUUUCAAUCACUUUCAGAGCACAUCUGGUCAUGAAAAUAGCUCAACACUCAGCAAGUGCUUGGCUCCAUGUUCAAAAGAUUAUUAUUCAUUGCAUAUAAAUUGUGGUGGAAAUGAAACUACCAUUGGAGGCAUAAAGUAUGAAGGGGAUGGGGAAUUUGUAGGUCCUGCAAAUUUACUCCUUAACUCAGCCAACACUUGGGGAUUUAGCAACACCGGUCAUUUCAGAAAUUCUGAACAAGAAGUGCCAGAAUAUAUAGUAAAUAAUGUAUCUGAAUUAAGAAUGAACAACUCUGAGCUCUACACAACUGCACGCAUCUCGCCUCUUUCGCUAACUUAUUUUGCUCGUUGCUUAAGAAAUGGAAAUUACACCGUGAAACUACACUUUGCAGAGAUAGUAUUUAGAAACGACAGAUCUUAUGAGAGUUUUGGAAGACGAGUAUUUGAUGUUUAUGUUCAAGUAGCUUAAUCAUUAUGCUACUUAAUGCAGCUUGUGAACUUAUGUUUUACUGAGUUAAGUAAGUUAUUAUAGGGAAAGCGGGAGUUGUCAGAUUUCAACAUUAAAGAGGAAGCUAAAGGAGUUGAUAAGGAAUUUAUCAAAGUAAUUAACGCAGUUGUUGUGAGUCAUAACACAUUGGAGAUCCGCCUCCAAUGGACGGGGAAAGGGACAAGGAAUGUUCCAAAGCCAGGAAUAUAUGGGUCUUUAAUAUCAGCUAUCUCAAUAGAAUCUGUUUAUUCUGUAUCUUCUCAUUCACGGGAAGGACAUAUGAGUAAGACCAAAAUCAUUAUCGGCCUUGUUGUAGCUAUUUCUGCUGGUGGAGCAUUAUUAGCUGUUGUAGCCUUCGGUUUGCCUAGACGAAAAGCUAAGAGAAAAAGAACUGCAACAAAUAAUGAUUUGAUUUGGACAAGUACUAACUUGAAGAGAGGAAACGAUCAACCUGAGCUUCAUUUUUUUGACUUGGAUAGCAUACUAAUGGCCACAAACAAGUUUAGUAUUACAAACAAACUUGGUCAAGGAGGAUUUGGUCCUGUUUAUAAGGGACAACUACAUGGGAAGGAAGUUGCAAUGAAAAGACUGUCUAGCAGCUCAUCACAAGGCGAUGAAGAAUUUAGGAAUGAAAUGAUAUUGAUCUCCAAACUUCAACAUAGAAAUCUUGUUAAGCUCAUUGGUUUCUGCAUUGAAAAUGAAGAGAAGUUGUUAAUAUACGAGUUCAUGCUCAACAAGAGCUUGGAUACUUUUAUUUUCGAUGAUAGAAGAAGGGUAGAGCUUGAUUGGGCCAUACGAUUCAACAUUAUUGAUGGCAUUGCGAGAGGACUUGUGUAUCUCCAUCGCGAUUCCAGUUUAAGGGUGAUCCAUCGAGAUUUGAAGGCCAGUAAUAUUCUAUUGGAUGAGAAGAUGACUCCAAAAAUUUCUGAUUUUGGAUUAGCAAGGAUUUUUGAAGGCACUUUAGAUCUAGCAAAUACUCAUAGGGUGGUAGGAACAAUCGGCUAUAUGUCUCCAGAGUAUGCAUUCAGAGGAAUCUUUUCGGAAAAAUCUGAUGUGUUUAGCUAUGGCGUGUUACUACUAGAGAUAAUAAGCGGGAAAAAGAAUACUAGCUUCAAGGAUGAGGAUCAAUACCAAGGCCUUAUUGCAUAUUCAUGGCAGCUAUGGAGUGAAGGCAGAGGAAUAGAGUUGGUGGAUGAAGCAUUAGGCGAGUCAUAUAAUGAAUCAGAGGCAUUGAAAUGCAUACACAUUGGGCUUCUGUGCGUUCAAGACUUUGCCACAGAUAGACCUUCCAUGACUCAAGUAGCUUCCAUGUUAAGUAACCAAAUAUUUCAUCAACCUCAACCCAAACAACCUGUUUUUACUUUUAAAGCCAGCAGUAGUAGUUAUGAUCCUUCCUCACAAAGUGGUAAUAGAUGCUCUGUCAAUGAGGUCACUGUAUCAAUGGUUGAACCACGAUAAAAAAAGAAAAACUUCAACUGUAAAUUAUUUUAAAUGUAUAUUGGGCUACACCUACGCUAUUCAAUAUUUUCUUUUAAAUUUAAUGAACUCCAUUUUGUUUAAACUUGAAAGGAAAUUACUCUAAUGAUUGCAACAAAACCAAA